AUGUACACCGACAGCUACACUAAUAUUUCCACCUGCAUCUACAUCUACACCUACAUCUACACCUACAUCUACAUCUACAUAUACACCUACAUCCACAUCUACACCUACAUCUACAUCUACAUCUACACUUUCGCAUUGGCCACGCAGCAGCCGAGCAGCGCCCCCAUGCCGCACUUCUCAUUGUUCACGUCCUCGUGCAAGGGAGAGGUCGCGAACCCCGCGCCCGGGGCAGAAGUAGUGAGAACGAGGGCCGCCGGGAGCAAGUUGAGAGCGCUCCGACAGGGCAGCGGGACGCCCGUUUCCAAGUCGGAGUCGGUGGGGCGCGUGGUGUCGAUCGACCGCACCACGGACAUCCCAGAGGACCUGUUCAAGGACCUGCUGCUGGCGGGCCAGGUGGCGAAGCGCCGGGGCCAGCACAAGCUGAGCGAAGAGGCCCCGGCGCGAAGGCCGACCCUCGUCAUGGCGGGCGCGCACCUCACGCGCAGGGGCUGA